AUGUCCCUUCAAGACAGCGCGAUGGGCGGCCUGAGCAGCGGCGCGGACUGCGCCGCGGCGCCUGGCAACAGUGGCGUGGUGGUGCGGCCGCUGCGGGAGGGCGACAAGCCCCGGUGGCUGCAGCUCUUCCGGGACUAUAUCACAUGGUACAAGGCCGAGGUCCCCGCUGACGUCAUUGAGCUGACCUGGCAGCGCCUCAUGGCAGGCGGCGAGGGCAACCACCAGGGCCUCGUCGCCGAGGGCCCCAGCGGCGGCGGCGGCGACGGCGGCGGUGAUUUUGUGGGCAUCGCGCACCUGCUGCUGCACCGCUCCACCUGGUCACCCACCCACUACUGCUACCUGGAAGACCUGUAUGUCGACCAAGGGGUGCGCGCAAAAGGCGUCGGCGCGGCGCUGAUCGAAGCAGUCUACGCCGCCGCGCACGCCCAGGGCGCGUCCAAGGUGUACUGGAUGACUCAGGAGUUCAACUACCGCGCCAGGGGGCUGUAUGACAAGAUGGGGCAAAAGUCACACUUUAUUGUUUAUGAGGGGAAGCGGAGGACUUGA